UUCGUAUAUAUUGUUUGCUUACACGUACCGCUGUUGCUAGAUUUUGCAUAUGAUUAUGGAUUUCGCAUGAACACAGAGCUAUAUGUAUUUAUUUUUUUAUUUUUUUUUACUAACAUGACUUGGAGCCUUAGAGCAUAGUACAAUUUAAGUAUCUGUUUAUUCCCGAGUUGAGCCAGAGUCGAACCCAGAACCUCGGCCAAGAGGAUAAACGCUUAAUCACUUGGGCUAUCUAAUCGUGCUCAUAAUCAUAUAUAAGCAUGAAAUAGUGAUUACUCUUGGAAUUACUGUCAUGCAGAAACUUAGCAGAAGAGGGAUGGAUUCAUCAUCAAGAGCAACAGAGAAACAUGGUCAUGUAGUUUGCAUUCCUUACCCGGCUCAAAGCCACAUCAAAUCCAUGUUGAAGAUGGCCAAGCUCCUCAACAGCAAAGGACUUUCAAUUACAUUUGUGAACACGGAGUUCAAUCACAAACGAUUCCUCAAGGCAGGAGGUCUUCAAUCUAUUGAAAGCCUGCCUAGUUUCAGAUUCGAGACCAUUCCUGACGGCCUGCCCCCGUCUGAUGCUGAUGCCACUCAAGACAUACCUGAACUCUGUCGCUCCAUCAUAGAGAACAGAUUGUUGCCUUCGUUUCAAAACCUUCUUACGAAGCUCAACGCGGGAAACCAUAAGGUCAGUUCCAUCCUUUCUGAUGGUUUCAUGCCAUUCACAGCUGAUGUUGCACAUUCAGUGGGAAUUCCUAUCGCUUUGCUCUGGCCAAUCUCUGCUUGUGGAUUUAUGGGAUUUUAUCAGUUCAAAAAUGCCCUUGAAAGAGGUCUUAUCCCAUUAAAAGAUGAGAGCUAUCUGACAAACGGGUAUUUGGACACCAUUGUAGAUUGGAUCCCAGGAAUGGCAGAUAUUCCUUUGGGAAAUCUCCCAAGCCAUAUCAGAAUUACGGAUACAAAUGAGUUAAUCUUCAACUUCUUAAUGGAAUGUACUCAGAGAGCAGCCAAUGGUACAGCAAAUAUACUUCAUACCUACGACGAUUUGGAACAAGAGCUUGUAAAUUCCAUCUCAUCCAUGUUUGCCAAUGUAUACACGAUAGGCCCUCAACAGAUGCUCCUAGACAAUCUCCCAGCAGACCAGAAAGAGCGUCUUAAGAGCAUCGGAUAUAGUCUCUGGAAAGAGGAAACCAGAUGUCUGGAAUGGCUGGACUCGAAAGAAGCAGAGUCUGUAGUUUAUGUGAACUUUGGAAGCAUAACAGUCCUGUCUGCAGAGCAGCUGCUGGAGUUUGGUUGGGGACUUGCAAAUAGCAAAUGCAGCUUCUUAUGGAUAAUUAGGCCAGAUUUGAUCAUGGGUGAAUCCACAGUUACUUUAGGAGCUGAUUUUAUGGAUGCCAUCAAGAAUAGGGGACUAAUUUCAAGCUGGUGUCCACAAGAGGAUGUCCUCAACCACGUAUCCGUGGGAGGGUUCUUGACACAUGGAGGGUGGAACUCAAUCAUAGAGAGCAUAACAGCCGGAGUGCCGAUGCUCUGUUGGCCUUUCUUUGGAGACCAAACAAUAAAUUGUAAGUUCGUGUCUGACGAAUGGGAGUGUGGAAUGGAGAUUCCUAAUAACGUGAAGCGAGAUGAUGUGGAAAAGCUUGUCAGACUAUUGAUGGAUGGAUCAGAGGGUAAGAAAAUGCGAAACAAGGCUAUGGAGUGGAGGAAACUGGCAAAGAACGCAUGUGGUUCAGAUGGCUCAUCUUAUGUUAAUCUGGCCAAACUUGCUCUUCUUUUGAAGAACUAAAAUAUCUGAAAGUCAUUUAUAGAUAGUUGGCAAGCUUGUCAUGCUCAUAUAGCAUAAUCGAGAAUCACCACUUCGAUCGUUGUAUGUAUGCUUACUCUGCUAAUGCUCAAUGUUUUAUGUAUAUAUGUUUUCCUGGAAAAAAAUUGUAUCAUGCUAAUGAAAAAUGCAGUGGGCACUUGCAUUGUAACCA